AUGGCUCGUACAAAGCAAACUGCUCGUAAAUCGACUGGUGGUAAGGCACCACGUAAACAAUUGGCUACUAAGGCCGCACGCAAAAGUGCGCCCGCAACUGGCGGUGUAAAAAAACCACAUCGUUAUCGUCCGGGAACUGUAGCUUUGCGUGAAAUUCGUCGCUAUCAAAAGAGUACAGAACUCUUAAUUCGCAAACUGCCAUUCCAGCGUUUAGUCCGUGAAAUUGCACAGGAUUUCAAAACUGAUUUACGUUUCCAGAGUUCUGCUGUAAUGGCUCUCCAAGAAGCUAGCGAAGCAUACUUAGUUGGGCUUUUUGAAGAUACUAACUUAUGCGCUAUUCAUGCUAAACGCGUAACCAUUAUGCCAAAAGAUAUUCAAUUGGCGAGACGUAUUCGUGGAGAACGUAAUUUAUGUAUUUUUAAAACAGAAAUUUCAAGAAAUUCUCUCUUCACAUUAGGGGAUGAAAAAGGAGGUAAAGUUAAGGGCAAGGCAAAGUCUCGCUCAAAUCGUGCUGGAUUACAAUUUCCAGUUGGUCGCAUUCAUCGAUUGCUGCGAAAAGGCAAUUAUGCUGAACGCGUUGGUGCCGGCGCUCCCGUCUACUUAGCUGCUGUUAUGGAAUAUUUGGCAGCUGAAGUUCUUGAAUUGGCUGGCAAUGCAGCACGCGAUAAUAAGAAGACAAGAAUCAUACCCCGUCAUUUACAAUUGGCCAUCCGUAAUGAUGAAGAAUUAAACAAAUUGUUGUCUGGUGUUACAAUCGCACAAGGUGGUGUAUUACCAAACAUCCAAGCUGUACUUUUGCCUAAGAAAACAGAAAAGAAGUUAAUUAUGGCUCGUACAAAGCAAACUGCUCGUAAAUCGACUGGUGGUAAGGCACCACGUAAACAAUUGGCUACUAAGGCCGCACGCAAAAGUGCGCCCGCAACUGGCGGUGUAAAAAAACCACAUCGUUAUCGUCCGGGAACUGUAGCUUUGCGUGAAAUUCGUCGCUAUCAAAAGAGUACAGAACUCUUAAUUCGCAAACUGCCAUUCCAGCGUUUAGUCCGUGAAAUUGCACAGGAUUUCAAAACUGAUUUACGUUUCCAGAGUUCUGCUGUAAUGGCUCUCCAAGAAGCUAGCGAAGCAUACUUAGUUGGGCUUUUUGAAGAUACUAACUUAUGCGCUAUUCAUGCUAAACGCGUAACCAUUAUGCCAAAAGAUAUUCAAUUGGCGAGACGUAUUCGUGGAGAACGUGCUUAA